AUGGGCUGGACAAGACCAAGUAUGGACAAAGUAAAAUCUCUUACAACAAAGAAGAGUAAGAGGGAUGAUGUCAUUAAGCAAGAGUUCUCACUACCGAGGCUUAAAACAAGUGACCAAUUCCGUGUAGCCUUCACGCGCUCGGACACCGAGUUCUUAACAGUAGCAGUGAAGAAAAGAACAUCACAGAAAGUCGUUUCAGUUUGGCAGACUCGUGCUAAUGCUAAAGAGGCGGGGAGACGAAGAAAUUACUACACGAAAUUAUGCCAAAAGAUCAAGGUCAUACCUGUCCGAAGGGUCAUGGGUCAAAUUGGAGGAUCUCGUAUGUCUGUCCGAAAUUUUUAUCUCGGAGGCAAAGAAAUCAGAGCAGUCUGUAAAACAGUGAGGGGAGACGGGAUUCUCGGAACACUGGAUCUCUCCGGAAACAUGUUGUCCAGUCGAGAAGGCCGCUAUGUCCAGGAAGUUCUGAUAUAUACCUCGAAACUGACCACGCUAGCUUUAGAUGAGUGUGGACUGGGAAGUGAAACUCUAGAUGGUCUGUCCAGGUGUCCGGGUAUUCGUCAGCUUCAUCAUCUCAGUCUGGCAGGUAACCGUAUACAGGACAAGGACAGUGGAUCUAUAGCAUACAUCAUACAGAACUGUAAGGCACUGAAACACUUCAACCUGAGCCAUAAUACAUUUGAGACAGAAGGAUGUAAAAUUCUUGGUCAGGCCAUAGAGGAAAACACCAACAUAAAGGAACUGGAUCUCAGUUGGAAUCAUAUCCGGGGGCGUGGAAGUAUCUAUAUAUCACGUGGUAUACAGCACAACACCUGUAUUACCGAUGUUAACCUGGCCUGGAAUGGGUUUGGUUUUGAAGGGUGUUCCGCAAUGUCCGAGGCCUUACGUCAGAACACCACGCUUACCAGGUUAAAUAUGGCGUGCAACAGAGUCCAUCCUCCCGCCAUGUUGGAACUGACCAGAGGUCUCUGUAUGAACAAGUGCCUUCUCGUCUUGGACUUAAGUAAUAACCCUAUCACACCCAUAUAUACCACCAUCCUUAUCAACGCUAUCAAGAAAUGCCCCGAGAUGUCGCUACAGUUACUUCGUCUGGAGAAAAUUGUGGUCGAUAAGCCAUUUGUAGACACAUUAACUGAGCUGAAACAACAACGGGGUUUCGACGCAGUGUACGAGUUGGCACUUCCGGUAAAGAGUAUCUCGGAGGACAAGAUGCGGAAGGAAAUCCAGGCCCCAUCUGUAUUCAACAUGGACCCACUUAAGUUGUUGUACAUGCUCAAAGAGAAGAAUCGUGCCCAGGAUUUCUUUAGACGGAUCAACAAAGACAACGACGAUUCUGUGUCUCCUGAGGAAAUCAAACAACUGUUCAAAGAAUCUGGCGUACCUGUGUCUGAUAUGGUUAUCGAAAAAAUUGUAAAUUUCCUGGACGAGGAUGGAGACGGACAUAUCGACAUGAGGGAAUUUCUUGCCGGCGACAAGAAGAUGAGGAAGAUGUCUAGAGACACCAGAAAGACGGGAGACGAAGACAUGAAUAAGUAUUCACGUUCAUUCAGGAAAGGAAAUAUCGAUCCAAUGACAUUCAGACUAAAGGUGUCGAACGCGCCCAAUCUCUUGUCCCCCGUGAUGUCUCGAGAGUCAUCCCCGAAUGGCCAAAGAAAACUGUCUAGUUGAAACAAGGUCCUAGACAGUCGAAAUUAAUCAAUCCUGGACUAGAAAGACAAGGGGACUCUCUUUAGAGAAGUACCUUUGGUCUGUGUGUCUAUGUUGAUAAUGGAUAUCUAAGAGCGGAUGAUCGACUCCCGAGAAAACAUAGAAUUAUCAACAAUCCUGUUGGUAAUUAACGGCUGCUAAAUACCUGUAUAUUUGAUUUUGGACAGAUAAACAAAAACAACACGAAUAGAUGUGUGGAGGCCUGAAGCACAAGGGAGAUAACUCCGCCAUUCUUCUUCUUGAUUGUUGUGUCCCACCUUUUGUAUUGUCAAACAUUAACAAGUAUCACGUCGGAAUACAAUUACUAGGUACAGCAGAGUCAUUACCUUUCAUCAGUAUUUGAUCAUUAGCAUAUAAUGCAUUGCAUGCCAUGUAGUUCAAGCUCCAU